AUGAUUCUGUUCAAUAACAAAGACAAACGGGAUGAAAAGCGCGUGGUUUCACUCGUAUCCGAGGCCAAUGAGAAUCAACGUUACCUCGUGGGUCAUCGAGUUUUUAGAGCCGCUAUGAGCAAGUCUUCAGUUGGACCCAUUCGCUUCGAGGAUAGUUCGUCGAUCUCCAGUGGCAUUUCUGAAAAUUUCGACGACGUAUCAACGGACGAUCUGAGUGGAACAUCCAUUUGCCGAAUGACAUUGGGAUGCGAAGGGAAUUUCGUUGAUGCCCAGAUGUCAUCGAGUGCUCGCCCGACUUUAUUCUCGUUUUAUAGGGACCACCCGAUGGCCACCGUCGCGGCAACAUAUGGCAAACUUGGCGACUACCAGAAUUUCACAAGAAGCUCUCUGAAAGGACCUCGCUCCUCCUCUUCCAACAUUGACAGUCGCGCGAAACGAAUCGCUGAGCAGGAAAACAUCCACCAACUACUACAGCAAUGUCGAACCAGUCAACGUGGAGCUGCCUGCCAGCCCUUGCGAUCGCCCGGUUAUGGCACGUAUGGUCCACAAUUGGCGUUGUCAGCAGAUGGUGAAACAUUGAGCGUGCAUUCACGAAGUUCAUUGAGGGUAACGUCGAAGCGGCAACCCGAGCAUACAUACCGAAGAUGGGGUCUUUCAAAGAAAGCUGCCUCAUACAUCAACGGACAUUUGCGCAGGGUGCUUCAGCAUCGGCGAGAUCUUGAGCGAGUAACCACGGUGCAUGGUGUGCCGUCAUUUGCCGGCUACCAUUCAUUGGAUCGCAAGUCUCAUCUGGCCGAAUACUAUCGUGAGUCGUCGCCGAAUCGACUGGGUGUCUUCGACCGAACUUCCAUGGCAGCGCUGAUCAGUCCACGUCGAAUUCCGCAACCGCCACCAGACACUUCGAGAGCCUGUCUAAAUUCGUCUGGGAUGUCACGUUCGAUGGUACUGCUUGAAUCGGACCCCACUUCACCGGCUCCUCGAGCACGACGAGGCGCCAGUCCUCGUCAUCAACAACGUCUACCGCUGUCCGUCGCUAGUCCUGUCAACAACAAG